UCUCCCCGUUCGGCCAAUCGGCGGCGAACAGGUCGCGAAGUGGGGGGCGGGGAAAAAGGAGGAGUCAAGAUGGCGGCGAAAGGCGGCGGCGGCGGCGCGGGAAGCGGAGGCGGCGGCGGAGCCAACAAGAACGGGAUCCUGGACAAGUGGAAAAUCGACGACAAACCCGUGAAAGUGGACAAAUGGGACGGGUCAGCGGUGAAGAAUUCGCUGGAUGAUUCCGCCAAAAAGGUCCUUUUGGAAAAGUAUAAAUACGUAGAGAACUUCUGCUUGAUCGACGGGCGCCUUAUCAUCUGCACCAUCUCCUGCCUCUUCGCCAUCGUGGCUUUAAUAUGGGAUUACCUUCACCCCUUCCCGGAAUCGAAGCCGGUGCUCGCCGUCUGCGUGGU